AAGAACUCUGUUUCCCAGCCUCAUUUGCAGCAGUGCCAUCAGUCAACCAAUGAAACUGUCUUGUGGAGAUACCUUCCUAUUUCGUGGUAUCGAGUUGAAGAGUGAGAUGCAUGAAUUACUGUCAGCAAACACAGAGAAGCUCGAGACCAGAGGACAGCUUCUGACAAUGGCUCAGGAGGAGCAGAGCGAGGCGGUUCAACAGACAGCAGGAGGCGAGGAGGAGAUGGACACAUCAAAGCAGGCUUCUCCCUGUGUUAUUGAAAUCCACGGCUCUACCACUGAAUGUGAGGAAGAGGCAAAGCUCAACCGGCCGCAGAAGGAGGAGAAAGCCUUUGUGUCCAGUUUGCACUCUUUUAUGAAGGACAAAGGUACACCCAUUGAAAGGAUCCCACAUCUGGGCUUUAAACAGAUUAAUCUCUGGAGAAUCUAUAAAGCUGUUGACAAACUUGGGGGCUAUGAUUCCGUAACUGCUCGACGCCUUUGGAAAAAAGUGUACGAUGAGUUGGGGGGGAGCCCAGGCAGCACCAGUGCUGCCACCUGCACCCGAAGACACUAUGAGAAGCUUGUGCUUCCCUUUGAGAGGCACAUCAAAGGAGAGGAAAACAAACCUCUGCCUCCCAGCAAACCACGAAAGCCUUACAAGAGAAACCCAGAGAGCAAGAUGAACAAGGCGGAUGGGAAGAGGAAGAGGACGCUGUCAGAGAGAGAAUUGGACUCUGAGAUGUGUGCCCAAAGAAGUCCAGAAACGGUUUGCCAACGUGAGGUGAUAAUGAGUCCAAACUUUACACUCUGGGCUGCUGCUUCUGAAGGACACCACUCAGACUGCAGGCAGUCCAACAGACCCUCCAGCAAUUUCAGCGCUUCCAUCAAUGGCCACAUGUUGCAAGUCCCAAUGUCCAGCUCCUGGGCUCCUCACGUCCCAUCUGCGACCGGAGAGGUCAUUUCUCCCCUGGAAAAGAAAAAGAGAAUGGCUCAGGCCUGCCUUAAUGUACCCGUGAGUUCUCAGAGAGAGGACAAGGAAAGGCCUUCCGUCAUCCACUGCUCCCUGUCUCCAGCCAGGGCUUCCUCCAGCAGGAACUCCUCGGAUGGCUCCCCGCUUCCGUCAUCCUCCUCUUCCUCCCGCAGCCCCUCCCCUCUUUCUGUUUCAUCAGAGGACAGUCCAUCUGCCAAAGGCUCAGAGAGGCCCCAGAGCUGUUUGAGCCCCACCAAAAAACAGGAGGACGACAAGCCUGUGAGCUGCAGUCAAGCAUCCACAGUGCCUAUGGGACAGAGCAAAGAAUUUUCUCAGGUCAGGCCCCAAACGCUAACCACCGGUUCAGUAAAGAGUCUGAAAAAGGACUCUGCCUGGAAGCCUUACCAGAAGGGGACUGGGAAGUAUUUCACCUAUCCCUUAUCCCCUUCCACUUUUGCGACGUCUACCUCAAGUUUUACCAAAGUUGUUCCAAAGCCCGUGCAGCUUCUGCGACCCGCUCCCAUUCGGCCCACUUAUAAAAUUCACCAGAGCAGGCUUUAUCAGCAGGACGACUCCCUGGCGUGUGCGAAGAAACUGAACAGUGUUGCCCCCUGGUCUUAUCAGACAGAGAAGAGAGAGAGAUCCAGGACACUGCCACAAAAAGUUCCUCUUCCUCAACAAACCCUGCCUCAGUCCGCCGCCCAUCUGCCAACUUCAUGCAUCCUGUCGAACUACGACAAAUCAGGGAGAGACUCUCGGCACCAGCCAGCACUGCAUCCUGCAUUUUUCCCCCACAGAAUGAGACUACCUCAAUCCCAGCUGAUGUACCGCCACGUCCCAAUAGGCCCAGGCCACUCGGCUGUCAUCGGUCCAGCCGUUUACCCUUACGCCUACACCUUUCCACUGUUGAAUCCCCAAGCUGGAUACACUCUACCCACCAUGAAUCCUAUUUAUCCACACAAGCUGUGAUUUUUAUUUUAUCUGAUUUUAUCUGAACCCAAAUACUUUUUUUAAAAGAACCAUUUGGUAAAAGUUUGAGGCUUAGUGUAGCCAAAACUGAACUAGGCUUAGGAAAACAUAAGCAGCACACUGGGUUAAUUUGAACAUGAUGAGGUAACAGAAUGCUUGAUGAAUGAAGGAAACAUUUCUUUAGUGUGUUAGAUUAAAGGCUGUAAUAUGUUUUUUUUAAAGGGCUUACUUUCCAAAAAAUGUCUCUUAGUUUUUAUGAUAUAGUAAUGAUCUUGGCCAAAACACAAUUCCGUUUUUACCACCUCCGUUGCACAAUUUCAAUAACUUGUCUGUGAAAGUAAAAUAAAAAAACACUGUACUACUUUCUCAAUUUAUAAAUA